AUGGGGUCCUUUUCCCAACCCCAAUGGCCGUCGUGGGCCUACCCGGGGCUUGAAGAGACCUUUUCGCCAUACAGCCAGCUCCCCAACUAUCCCACCUACCUCGCAGACUCCAUGGAGACGUACCAGAACCACCACAACCGCCACCUCGUCCACCACCACCACAUGUCCCGCGCAACCGAGUCCAAGCCUCGUCUGUCCAAAGAGGAGGUUGAGGUGCUUGAGGCCGAGUUCCAGAAAAACCACAAGCCCAGCAGCAGCACGAAAAAGGCUCUUGCCGAGUCCAUGCGAGUCGACAAUGCCCGCAUCAAUAACUGGUUCCAGAACCGGCGUGCUCGUGAGAAGAAGGAGAACAACAUUCGCGAAUACGAGGCGAGGCAAAGGCAAGAGAAGGAAAGGGCCGAGGCCGAGUCUGGACCCCAGCCCGACAGCAGCAGGCAAUGCGACCUCGUCGCCUCGAGCGCCCCCUUCCCCCAGCCUCGGGUCAACUCGAGACCCCGUGCGGAUGCUCAGCGGUCGCCGUCGCCCAUGUCCCUCCCAGACGCGUGCAGCGAGACCACCGAGCCGAGCCAGAGGUGUGACUCGGGCUCGCCACCUCUGUCGACUCCCCAUUCGAGACCAGUCACCCCCUCGAUCGUCAACUUCUCAGGGCUGGUCAAGCCCGCGCACAGCAACAAGGUGAUGAGCGGUGAGCUGUCGGACCAAGCCGAUGGCUUCUUCAACGUGUCUGAUAUGUGUGUCAACGAAACGCGCAACGGCCUGGCGAUGGAGGGCGCCGAUCUCUUGCUGUCCGUGGACACAAAGACAUCUAGCCAGCUCUUUGGUGAAUACCAAGGCUUCCUGGGCUCCGAGGCGGAACGGCACGACGCCGAUGGUCUUGAGCAGGGCUUCAGCGCGGCUGCUCUCCCACAGCAGUCUCCCGUCUCCGACGACUCCCUGCCAACCUCGCCUCAGACCUCGGAUGUUGUAUCUCGCCGGCACCGCCGCCCAGCGCCCCUGGCGAUUGGGGAUUGCCGCAGCCACUCAUACUACACCCCCAGGACGUCUAUGGACCAUGAUAGGAGGGGGGAUCGAGCCAGUCCUCUGCGCCGCGUUGCCUCCUCUACAGGCUCGUCGAGGGUCAGAAAGGCCGUCGCCACUCCGCGAAGCCCCUUCUACGACGGAACGGCCGACAUCACCUUGCAGACCAGGCGCUCGCCGGGUAUCGCGUGCCCAACAGGCUCGCGCGCUCCACCCACUCCGGAUACGCCAGUUGCCCUUCACCAGCAGGGAUUGAUUGACGGUGCAAUGUCGUAUUCUCUGGACCGCAAGUACAUGUCGGCAGACAUGGCCCUUCAAGACCCUACUUUGAGGACGCCACCGACAACCCCAGGAUUCAUGGAGAGCCUGUUCAGCAUGGGAUCUGGCUACGACAUGUCCAUCUCGGAGGAGGCACUCAUUUCCCCCGGGAUUGCCAGGCUGCCGGGAGGCUUCGACAUGUCCACUGUGACGGGGGACAUGUCAGACUUUGUCGGCAGCGAAAGCAACCGCUCCAACGAGCACGCCCCGUCGCUUCUCCCGUCACAGAUGGGCCACACCUAUUUUGGCGGAAACUUUCUAGGCGGUGCCUUGGCCGGCUAUGACUGGUCCGACGUUUCCACCCCUACGAUUUCUUCUCCUGGGCUUCAACAUCGGCAGCCCGAUUAUUGA